AUUACCUCGAAACGAAGGUAAACCAAUUUUUAUUGUGUGGCUCGAAAUUCUUUAAAACCGCAAUAAAAUUUUAAUGGCAUGAUACGACAGUUCCGAGUCCAAGCUUUUGUCGUAUUAUAAUUAUUAAAUACAAAUGAUUCUAGUAUUAUGUACCUACGUCCGAUUAAUAAGUGAUACAUAAUGUUAAAUAAUUUAUUUGUCUAUUUAAAUAUCGUGUUAUCGUGGGUAAAGAUUUUUAUUAUAUUGGGUAUAACAUAUAAGUCGUAAUGGUUAUUGUUUUACUUCUUAACGAUCCAAUGUUGUAUAAAUGAAUUUAUAUUGUGUGUAUUAUAAACAUAAUUCUUUGUAUAUAAAUAUAUGUAAGAAGCGUCUAAUAAUUUAUUUACACGAUUUAUAAAUAGUAAUAUAAUUUUCGAAUUCAUUAGCAUUAAGUAGUAGAUUAGGAUAAGAAUAUUAUUAAAAGGAAAGGUAUAACAUCAAUAUGUUAACACAGAAAUAUAUGAUAUACAACAUGAAUGUAAUUCGUGGAGCAUGAUACGAGUUGUAAGGACUCAAUAAUAAUAGUAAUCAGUGAUUAGCAUUUAUUUCUAUAUGAACUUUUAGAUGAUGAUUUCAAAUUUGAAAAAUCUAUCUGGGGAAUAAACUCUUUUCUUAAGUUCCCACCCAACAACAGGAGCAGACUCUGUAGACAAAACUUUCAAAUAAAAUACGAUCUUCUCAAAAUGUAAAAAUGCCAAACUUUCAUUGAACAAUUCGCAGUAAAUGAUGUGUACGUUUCAUGUCGUGAUGAGAGGACAAUAAAAGAGCCUGUGAAACCUAUCGCACGCACUCGAUUCCACGAUGUUAUUCCCACGAGUAGAAAAUUAUAUUCAAAUUUAUGGCUGGAUAUUUACCACGUGUGCUGAAAUCGUUCCGUAGUUUCAUAUUUGUUUUGUCGACCUCGGCGACGAGCAGACGAAAAUGAAUCGAGGCGAGCCUCCUCCCGGUUCUACAGGUUUGCUACAUGCUUGCUUAUAUCACGCGGUGUACACGUUUCCGUUUACUCGUUUAUCUAGUUUGCAUUUAGCAGGACGCGCCCCUAAACCAGAAUCUAAAUCAUUGACGCAUGAAUCCAAUCUUGUUUCGUCAUAGGCACGAUACGACGAGCCUCCACGAAUGGAAAGUUUCACAAAAACGGGAUACUUUGAACUUUUGGUUCUUAAAAACUACUCUUUCUCCAAAAAGAAAUAGUAUUUUAUAAACUGCUGAUAAAUGAUACUACGCUUUUAUAUUAACAGGACAUUCGAUUGUUUCUGUUUAACAAAUAUGCUAAUGUUCUUAUUUUUUAGUAUUGGAAAAACAAGAUCAACGUGGUAAGCAAGUAGUUAUACAUUAGAAGUUUAUUUAAUGAGUUAUCUCCUGUUUAUCCGUUUGUUAGUGGAAAUACAAAAUGUUUACAAUACGGGAAACAGCCUUCCCAUACCAAGGUACUGACACAUUUCUAUCACUAAAUUAUCAAAUGCUAGUUAAAUGUUAUAUACUAAUGUUAAAACUUGGAAUGCCAUCCGUAAGUUUCAAGAUUUCAUUUAGUACGUAGAUGGAUUAAUGAAGUUUAUUUGAAGAAGUGACGGUUAUAGAGAAACGAGCUACGAAAAUAUCAUGUGAUCAUCGCGAGGUCGAAAAACCAGCUUGCCGCUAAUAUGUGACAUUAUACGGUUGAUUUACCUAUCAUGAUUUGUUUCGAAGAAUGCGGUACAAACAAGCCUCCACGAUCGACCAAUCAACGAUCAGAAUAUCGAUCGUCGAUUUUGACGCGGUUGUAUUUAAGCAACUCGCGCUUGUAUUUAAUAGUUAAAAAGAAAUCGCUAAACUAUCUCAAUCUAGCUAUUCGCAAGUAUUCAGAAUGACUACAUAUACAGAUAAAGGCCUGAAGCCCUUAGGUGGAAAGUUCCUAUCCUUUGAUUAUAUUAAAUUCUGGGUUGGAAAUGCGAAGCAGGCAGCCAGUUAUUAUUCUACUAGACUGGGUUUUGAACCUGUAGCAUAUCGUGGUUUGGAAACUAAUUCCAGACACGUUGCAUCGCAUGUUGUUAAACAAAAUCAGAUUACUUUUAUAUUCGAAUCAGCGUAUGAACCCAGCAAUGAAGAAAUGGCGAAAUUUCUCGCCCGACACGGAGACGGUGUUCGUGAUAUUGCCUUCAAUGUUGAAGAUAUAGGAACCAUUGUAAAGAUCGCAAAAGAAAGAGGAGCGGUGAUAGUGAAAGAUAUAUGGGAAGAGAAAGAUGAACAUGGAAUUGUAAAAUUUGCUACGAUACAGACUUAUGGAGAUACGUAUCACACGCUCAUAGACAGAUCCAAAUAUAAAGGAUUCUUUCUACCAGGAUAUGAAAAGCUGCCGGAAGACUCGUUUGCCAAGACCUUACCGAAAGUAGGACUAAAUUUUGUGGAUCAUAUCGUUGGUAAUCAGCCUGACAAACAAAUGGAACCUGUUGCACAAUGGUACGAGCGUGUUUUACAGUUUCAUCGGUUUUGGUCAGUAGACGAUACUCAAUUGUAUACAGAAUAUUCAGCACUGCGCUCCAUCGUUAUGACGAAUUGGGAAGAAACAGUGAAAAUGCCGAUUAAUGAGCCAGCACCUGGUAAAAAACGUUCUCAGAUUCAGGAAUAUGUCGAGUAUUAUGGUGGGGCAGGAGUGCAACACAUCGCUCUCAAUACAAACGACAUAGUGCAAGCUAUACAAAAACUGCGUGCUAGGGGCAUGGAAUUCUUGGACGUACCAGACACUUAUUACGAUAUGUUACGAAAACGUUUGAGUAACAACGGCGUAAAAAUUGUAGAGGAUCUUAAUAUGCUACAGAAAUUAAGGAUUUUGAUAGAUUACGACGAGGAUGGAUACCUUUUACAAAUAUUUACGAAGAACAUGCAAGACCGACCGACUCUUUUCAUAGAAAUCAUCCAACGACGCAAUCACAAUGGAUUUGGAGCUGGAAAUUUCCAAGCACUGUUUGAAGCUAUUGAAAUGGAGCAAGCUAAGCGUGGAAAUUUAUAAAGAUGUACAGACA